AUGAGGCCCGCAGCUACAAACUUCAUUUUCGAACAUGCCUUUCUCCCACCUAAGUUACCACAACUCGAUCACGAAGAAGCUGCAUCCGAUGAUAUCCUCAAAGAGAUUUCACAAGCGGCUCGCGAGUUCUCACUCUUGUUGCCUCCCCGGAGCAGUGAGGCACGAGUCUGGUCGCAACUGGCACAGUCUGUUCCGAAAUGGGCCAAAAUCUACGAGUCAGGCAUUCCGUGCAGCUCUACCACCAUCCAGACCCUCCAAACCAUGAAUACUGAUGACGUCCUCUUGUUCUACGUUAAGCCUCAAAAUGCAGCAAUCGUCGUCAGAAACAGAUCCACUGGUGCUAUCUUUGAGUGUUUUGAGGUUCUGCCUAAGACAGACGCAGUAUUGGCUGCUAAAGAUGCCCUUGUGAGACAGUUCCCGGCUAGAGCGGUUUUUGUACCGAAUCGGAUAAUGCAGAACGCGUUCUUCAUACAAGAGCUCGGGACUGCCAUCCACAAACUCUCAGUUGAAGAGGUAAGAUUAGCCAUGGAAACAACCAUAAAAGCACAAAAUACGGUGGUUGAAAAGCGUCAGUCUGCACAUCCCAGAGCGGUUACCGAAUGGUUGUUUGGAGUUCUCAGCAGCUAUGGCAAGGCUACUUCAAGCCCAACGAUCUGCAAACGUACCCACGAUGAUGUAUGCUGGACCAAUACUUCAAAACCGCCCUGGCGACGAUCCGGGGUUUGGCUAUGCGCUCGCGUGGCCCUUCAACUCGCCUUACACAACGCCGACCUUGCCGGUGAGGAACAGUCACAUUAUAAGAACUUCAUGUUGUUUCUAUUGUCGAGGCUCGCCACCGGGAUCUCUGCGACAACCACGUCGCCCGAUACCCUCCAUGUACUUCGUGUCAAAUUAGCGAGGCGAAAUGCAAAGCUUGGUUCUGAAACGCGUGCAUUUGUCCAGGAGUCUGUCCGAACAACCUUGUCACGCCUCAACCAAUCUAUGCUCCUCCAGUGGAAGGAGGUGAAAGAGAGGGACGAGUUCACUCUUCCACAAGUGGUUACCCAGAAUGUCUCUGAUAGAUUGACUAUGAAGAACAGUCGGUCUGCUGUGAAAGCUGUUUGGCUCCGUUCCAGAGAGUCCUUCACAUAUCCACAUACCACAUUCAAACCCCAGAUAUCAAGGAGAAUCGUCUUGGCCAAGACUCAGCUGCCCGACUCUGGGAUUUUUACCAAGCCUGGCGACUUGCUCUUUGCUCUUGCUGAUUUCGAGCAAUGGGUCGGUGCUCAUCUUGCAGACUGGUUGCGCCUGAACCGUCCACAGCCCUCGUCAUGUCAGUCGCUGGCUUUGUUGAUGCAAAACUACCACCACGCUGCCGUGUCAAGAUACGAGGGACAUCCAGUGCGUAUCUCACUCAUGUUCCUCACACUUCUUGACCUUUGGGCUGCCAUUGACAAGCUUGCUACGGAGCUCUGUCCGCUUCUUCUUCAAUACCCUCCAGAACUGGACCCAAGUAUGUUUGCUCCUCUCCUCCUCAGCAAGCAGUUGGAGUUGGAGCGCCUGCAUCAAAUCGAAUGCCACAUAUCUUCACGCUUAUCGGGUCGCAAGGCGAGUUACCCGUCCCUCUUUAGCGAUCCAUCAGCCACUAGUUUUGGUGUGAGAUAUUUCGACCAAUCUCCAGCCUUGCAAAUGGUGCGGAGAAACAUUGAAGCUAACGCGCGUGAUGAACGGCAAGAGAAGGUGCAGGAGUGGAAUACCAAGAAGGCAAGCUUUGAAAAACUCAUGCGAAGCGUCGAAUCUAUGGAGUGUGGCAUCUUCAUCCCCCGAGGCCCGGGCUGGGUCGGGCGUCCGCGUCAUGAUCGAAAAUGCCAGAAAUGCGCCAAAGAGCAACAGGCAAAAGCAAUUCAAGUUACAAAGCAUGAAUGGCCACUACCCGAACAGGAGACAAUGAUAAAAGCUGUCAUCUUCGAGCUGAUGCCUCCGGAAGCCAUUGCCCACUGGCGCGAUUCGACUUGGCUUCUUGUCCAGGACAUUGGUAGGCACGCGAACGCUGGCGGCGAUGUCAAGCAAAUCUUGCGAUCAUUUCCACCACUCACAGAGUUCGCUCAAGGUCCAAAGCUCCGUGUGACACUCGCUUCUUCGGUUAAAUCCAUGCAAAAGGCUCACUACUUCACCUCUGGCUUGGACAUGGACGACGUCCUCGUCAAAAACGGCUUGCAGCCGAGGAUGUUCGACACUCAGAGCACUCGUAUAUGGACAGCGAAACAGAACAGCCAACCUUCACUCCUUCGCUACUGCAACGCGCACCUCCCGAAACCACUCAACGAGCACUUGGAGUCCUUUGUGAAUAGGACUAGCCAUGCACAGAAUUCGGUGAUAGCCAGGCAUGCUAGUUGUCCUCCCGAGAUGAGCCCUCAUGAGCAUGUGCUUUUUGGGUCUCUGCGUUCUGGAGAACGACUACAGUGGAUGAAUUUGCUGGCAAUGCUGACCUCAACAGAGGUUGACCUGAAUUCACCGUCCGUAGCAAUCCUGUUUACGCAUGCAAUGUCGCAAGUGGGGACUGCCGGUACACUUGUACCGAAAUAUCUACGGGAGUCCCAACAGGAUCUUGCAUCUGAGUCUUUCUGCCAGACUCUCUUGAAUACAUUGGAGGCAAGCUUUGCAAGAAUCGAAGCCAACUGGAAAGAAGCUACUGCUACAAGCAUAUUGUUGGCAAUAUGUCUGAAGAUAUUGUCCUUGGUACCCGAUCGAAUUGACGUGGACAGAUGGAAUGAUCUCGUACAGAGGAUACGCCGGGCCGGCAUUGGAUGGAUCGGUCAGUUGACAGAGCUCCAUAUGCAGGAGAAAUCAGCCUCCGCAAGAGGUCUCACCUUGAAGGACCUUUCCCGCCAAAUUGUGAAUGCCUGCGUCUUGGUACGACAAACCUUCAACGUCGACUCACACCUGAUAAUGGCCGUUUUCUCCAACGAUCUCGCUAUUGCUGAUUACAUUGAGGCAGCCAUACAUUUGCACGACCAUCGACAGCAAGGUACAGUUGCCGAUGACACGAAGCAGAAAUCAGACCUCUUGAACGACCAUUAUCUUGCGCGUCUCUGUGAGAAGCCAUUCCUAGCCCAGUUACAACGUCGCAAUGCUGCCAUCUCAACCGGCAUCAGACGCUUCUGGCAUUCUGCUGCCUUUACGACUCCAUGGAACACAGUUGACCAGACCGACACGUCGUGGAUACAGAGCGAGGCCUCGUCGAAUGCUGUUCACUUUAACGUUGUUACAGGAAGUCUUCUCGUUUCAGGUCGACCACUAGCUCGUCUGCCCACGACCUAUUCAUCCGACCCUCUGUAUCGCUCUGUGUUUGGCGAUCUCGAUCUCGAUGUCUUUGCGUCUGACAUUGAUGGCAUGGAAUAUAUGUCGAGAGUCCUCUUUGGGGGGCACCGAAUUUAUUUUGGGAUGCGUGGUAAGACCCUCCUGUUGCGUUCAAGCCUCAACGGUCGAUUUUUCGAGGCAAUUCUACGCGAUAUUUUCCUUGGAGAUAUCCCAGACUUCAUUGUCAAGAACAACGUACCCUGGAUGUCCCUCGAUGACGGGAGGGUUUUCUUUCGCCCGAAUACUCGGCCAUGGGUGUCCCAAGCAGACGACUGGGUUUUAUCUCCGGACGUCAAUUGGAGACCAACAAUUUCCAUGCGCACUGAUCAUGCUGUCCUGAUUGAUCAUGCUAGCCCAGUGGGAAAGGUUGUUUGUGGUAUAUUCCAGAACUUUGAGCACCGAGAUCACAUACUCAUUACCAUGCAAGACCAUGUUAGGAUCAGCAUCAAGCUCGCACGCUAUCACUUGAACUUUUUCGUCACAUUGAAGGGCGAGGUCCAAUGUCAGGAACUUUCUGCAGUUGUCGAUACUUCACAAGCCAUAGGAACGCUGCAUGGCCUGAAAUCUCGGCUGGUUCUUCGCGCGGUUAGCAGUGCCAAUAUCCCCGGCUCGCCUGUUCGCAGCGUCCUCAUUCCUAAUGGCGACGUUGUUGUAUCUACUGCCCCACCUCAUGUCAGUGCCAAAGUCCGUCUGGAAGCCGUCGAGGCCUUGUCAUUUUCACACUACCGCAUCGAUGAUAGACUGGGCCGGUUGGUCGCAGAUGAUCUAGAAGGCCAUUUGUUCAAGACCUAUCUCCACGCUAUCACCAGUUUUCCCGAAGAUGAUGAGCUCACUGGCCGUACUGGCACCGAAGAGAGUCUCCUCUGCCUCUCCGAUGGUAUCAAUCGAACUUCUGUUCCUUUGUCUGCUCGGUCGCAGACGCUAUUGCGCCUGAUCGCACAACUCUCACCCGCGCGCAAAUUCUACCCCCCAGGAAUGAGAACAAUGCACUCGGACAUAUUUGAUGAGGUUCUCUCAUACAUUUCCCAGCGUGACGUCUUUUAUGGGACGGUGAAGGAUAUCAUUUCACACAAUCUCAAAGCCGCGUUCUUGUUUGACUCGGCAAAUGUCCAGCAAGUGUCAUACUCUGGAGAUUUGCCGUUGCUGGAUAGAUCCUACCAUCAGUCCUGCAAGCUUUAUCCCUGUGAAUCUGCAAUAAUGACACCAACCGAUCCUGAGGACCAUCCCUACUCAUCUCGAGAUCGGGAUAUGAGUGCGAACCAAGAGGCAGCUGUAUCAAUGGCUGGCUUGGUCACAGCCUGGCCCUCUGCUUUCAGUGUUCGCCGGGACCUGAGGGACAUGGUGUUGGGAUGGGGACAGAUCAGUGGCUUUGAUGAGAACUACUCGGUCUUUUCCUUCUCAAACAUGCUAAGCCAGGGUCUUCAGCAACAGUUCGCGAGCUUGUUGCUGUAUUGCAAAGCGGAUUUGAGAUCUCGAGAACACCUCACAUUUGUCCUCUCGCUGAUUGCCUUUGGGAAGCCGUCGAUUGCGCGGGAGCUGAGAACCAUCCUCGCCUUCGCUGUCUCACCGUCACUAAGGCAUCAUUUACCCUUUCCCGAUUGCAACACCUAUGACCUGCGCGAGGGAUACAAGAUGAAUCGCCAGGAGAUCAUGACGAUUCUUUCACAGUGCGAGAAAGGCUUUACAUCUGCGCUAUCUUCGGAUUCCGAUGAAAGUGACAGCGAUGACGAGGCCAUUGAGGCAGAGCGCGAGCAAUAUGAACGAGAGCUGAAUGCUCAGCGCCAACAAAUUAUGGAUGCCGUCACUUCAGCCUGGCCAGGGAAUUCAGUGCAGCUUCCGGCGAGAGGAACCCUCGGAUAUUACAAAUGGGGCCUGCUGAAGGAGCUCUUGAAUGGCAAACUGGCAACAUGGGACAAGAAUCGUCGUUUCUUGUCUCAACUUGACGCCUUUGAUCAAGAGUUGAAGACAAUCCAUCAAACCUACGAUGGGCCAGAGUUCUCCAGCAAUGUUCUUCGGAUCACUCAAGAGACGGCGGUUCGCAGCCCCCAAACUCAAUUUUCCCUCCUGGACAUCAUGCAUUCAACCCCUGUUGUAGAUGAUAUCCUGAAUGAAAGCAGACCCAGCUAUCUAGAUCAAGAUCUCACCAGUUCGAUAUGCCGACGCGAACGGCAUCAGCACCUGGAGGCGAAUGAACUUCGUCGUACAUGGGAAGAGCUCGAAGAUAUGGUUGAAGAACUCGGUGCUAACCCCAGCACCAUUGUUCAGGAAUACGGUCAAUCCUUGAAUGAGAGCAUUAAGGCUUUCAAAAAGAAGACUGCAGAGGAUCGAAGCAGAGUUACCCUCGUCGACCCUGGUGUCUUGGCUGAAAAAGCACUGCAAGUGAAAUAUUGCAUCAAGUUCAUCCUCGGACGGAGUCGACUAAUUCUUCAACCCCGGCUCGCGUCUCAUCGAGCUUUGGUAGAAGCCAGGAUUUGGCCUCAUGUCUCUGAAUUGGCACUACUGCAGCUUCUUACUGCGCGAUACAGAGGACAUGUGCCGCCUGUCUGGGUCAAGGUAGUCAUCCUGCUGGCACGAGAGGUGACAGCCCUGCAACGAGCGGAACGCAUGCAGAGAUACUUGGUCGCAAAGGACAACUUUGCUCUCCAACGCGAACUUACGAAUCCAGCACAUGCGGCAUGGGAGCCAGAGCAGUGGCCCGACUGGCUACUGCUUGAGAUACAGAACAACAUUCUGAUACGACCAGUGCAGGUACGAGUCGCCCAAGAAUUGAUCAAGGCGGAGAAUGGGCUUGUGCUACUUGGCAUGGGCGAAGGCAAAACCAGUGUGAUUCUCCCUAUGGUGGUAACAGCACUAGCAACUGGCUCACAGCUUGUCCGCGUUGUGGUGCUGAAACCCCUCGCCAACGAGAUGCUUCGACUUCUGUCUUCGAGCCUUGCAGGGUUGGUAAACAGAACGGUUUACCAUCUUCCCUUCUCGAGGCAAACACGCUUGAGCCACGAAACACCCCAGCUAUUGAUGGCCCUCUUCGAAGAAUGUAGCCAAGGCGCCGGCGUUCUCCUAACUCUACCGGAACAUCUGAACUCGUUCCGGCUCAUUGGGAGCGAUAAAUUGGGAACCGAUAAAAACCUGGCUAUCGAACUGAUUCGCGUGCAGAAGUGGCUCGACUGCAACGCUCGAGAUAUACUAGAUGAGAGCGACGAAUUGCUAAAGCCUGCAUAUGAGCUUGUGUAUACCAACGGGGAAGCAAAUCUUCUGUCCGGUGCUCCAGAUCGAUGGACUGUUGCGCUGGAGCUCCUCGCCGUGGUGCAGCGAAACGCGCAGAGCCUCCACGAAGCAUGCCCUUCCGGGAUUGAACUUGAACGCCGGGCCCUCGACUCUUUCCCUCAUAUACGGGUCUUGAACGAUGAAGGUGCUCGACUUGUGAAGAGCCGUCUGACUGAGGAGGUAAUUGCAGGGAAGCUGCCAGGGCUUCCUCUGGGUCAUUGCAACUCAGAGACGAUGAAAGCGCUUUACGCCUUCAUCCACGACGUGGAAGUGGAUUCUGCAACAUUCGAGUUGAUAUCAAAUCACUUCAACGAAUCGGCGCAAUUCGACCUCCUUUAUGUCGUCCGAGGUUUGAUAUCCCAGCAGAUAUUGACACAUGCACUCCGCAAGCGUUGGCUGGUGAACUAUGGCUUGGACCGAAGCCGCUGUUCUUCGGCUGUCCCAUACCGCGCCAAAUCGAUCCCGUCCCCAAGCGCCGAGUUCGCACAGCCAGAGACACUUAUUCUUCUCACUGCGCUUUCUUUCUAUUAUACUGGAAUCCAGCGUGAGGACCUCCGACGAUGCAUUCUGAUACUCCUGAAAUCACCAGAUCCGGGCGAAGAUUAUCUCAAAUGGGUGGCAAACAGCACUCUGCCCGCGAAAUACCGAAGUGCAAGCUCGCUCAACCUGGACGACGCAUAUUGCAUUGAUGAGCUGUACUCCCAUCUCAGAUUCAACAAGGCUCUGAUAGACUACUUCCUCAGACAGGCCGUGUAUCCGAAGGAGGCCAAAGAAUUUCGCCACAAGCUGUCGAGCAGCGCCUGGGAUCUUUGCGCGAACGACGGUGGUAAAGUGACGUCCGGCUUCAGCGGGACUUGCGACAGCCGCAUCCCCUUGACAUGUUUUCAGAAGGAUAUCGAGGACCUACGCCACGGCACAGCGUCGACACUGGCAACGCUGUUAAGACGCGACAACCGCAAGUACAUUCGCGCGGCGUCACCUUCGGGUCAGAGACUGUCUCCCGAUGAGCUGCUGCAGCUUAUCGUCGACCACGAGCCCCACAGCCCAUCCGUCAUCAUCGAUGUCGGCGCCUUGUUCCUCGAGGACAAUAAGGAGAUUGCUUCCAAGUGGUUGCGGCUACGCUCUCAGAUGAUGGCAGCCGUCUUCUUCAGUGAAGACGACGAGAAGAUGGUGCUCAAUCGAGAUGGUAGUGUCGAACCGUUUGCUUCCUCAAUUUUCAAAGAUCAGAUCGGCAAAUGCCUGAUCUACCUGGACGAAUUCCACACUCGCGGGACGGAUUUCCAACUUCCCGAUCAUUUCAAGGCUGCGGUGUUGCUUGGACCAGGCCUUCUCAAGGACAGUCUAGUACAAGCGUGCAUGCGUAUGAGGAAGCUGGCAGUAUCUCAGUCCGUUGUAUUCUUCGCUCCACCGGAAGUUGACAAUGGCAUCCGCGCCCUCCUCCACGGCGCCCCGGAAGAGAUCGACAGUUCUCAUGUCAUACGUUGGUGCAUAUCGCAGUCAUGUCGUACACUCCUGAGUCAGCAACCCCUCUGGACGAUGAAGGGGCUGUCACACUCUCGCCGGCGGUUGGCUUUCACCCGGCACGUCAACGAAAAUGGCAGAAUCGUCAAUAGUGACAAGUAUCUUGAGGUAAUCAGAGAAAGAGAAAGUCGUCCUGUGUCAGAGAUUUACACUGCCGAGAAGCACGACAAGCAAAAGUUAUCCUGGAAGCCUUCCAAGGCGGAAAAGACGGACCAUAUCAUGGCUCAACUUCUGGAAGAGUGGGAUCGGGCGGAAACGAGAGAGUUCAAAGACUGUGGCAUCUCCGAAGAGCAGGAACGUGAAAUCUUGCACGAAGUUGAGGAAGAGCGAGAAGUUCAACGUCCAAAAUCAGCCACGCCGGCCAAACCAUCUGCUUCGGAAUCUCUCUUGGGCUUCCUCCGCGAUGGCAAUCUGCCCGAGAGACUCGACGACCUCCGCCCACCUUUUGACGUUCUUCUCGACACCAGACUCGCCUCUCACUACAGUCGCGCAAAGUGGCCGACGGAUAUCAAGGUGACACGAGACUUUAUGCGGACUAUUGUGACCGUGGCCUGCUCUCCUCAGGAUGACUUCCUUCGGUCGGUGCAGUGGGUUCUGAUUGUGCCCCGUAUUAAAGAGCCGGUGAUCAUCAGUCCCCACGAAGCUCAAAUCUUCCUGCCAGAGAUUCGGAAACACAAACGCGCCACUCUGGUUCUCUAUCAGGCUCGCACCGGGAAAAAUAUGGCGCCUUUCGACGGCAUGAAUGUGUACCAGGUUCCAGAGAGCAGUCUGCCAGUCACGAUUUCACCUGAGGCAAUCUCUGUGCUGAACCUGUUUGCUGGUCAGCUGUAUUUCACCACGUUCGCAGACUACAAGCGUCUUUGUUCGUUACUUGGUCUCUGGGAUGGCGAGCGGCCACUUCCGGUCCGGAGAGAGGUGGCCAAUGACAAUUUCGUGUCUCCCGCUUGCCGAGCAGCAAAUGGCUGGACGGGGUGUAAGUUUUCAAGGAGCCCCGUGGGGGUGCUGAAGGCUUUCAUCGGCAUGAGGAGACUUGGGAUAGAAUGGGGGCAUACGCACAUGGGCCGUCUCUUGGCAGGAAGGAUACUGCGACAAGAGGAUUUCAAACAGGAACAGGAAACGGAUCUUCUCACACGAGAUCUCGGGGAGUUGAGCUUGGACAAGGAUGGGAGUGGGAGGGAGGCACGAGCUGCCAAUUGA